CAUAUUUUUUGUUCAUGAGUCCAGAGUCCAGGUGGAGUCCAGGUGUUUCGAGAACAGGAGGAGUAUUAUUUUUAGUUUAAUACCAAUUUAAACUAAAAAUUUCAAUUUAAUCACUAAAAGUUAAUUUUCUUAAUAUAAACUUAUCUUAACUACCGAAAAAAAAAAGUCCGCGCUUUCUUCGAAUACGAGGAAAGAAAAAAAGAAAAUGUUGUUCUUUAUCACUUGACCAGGAACGCUCUCUCUCUCUCUCUCUCCCACAGUCGAAAAUGGCAGAAGAUGCCUGGAGUGAAGAAGCCUCUUUAGGUGUGUCGAAUAAUAGUUCACUUUCACGAACUUACGACAUCUUCUUGUCUUUCAGGGGCAAAGAUACUCGCCUUUUCUGUAUCGAUUUCCUAUACUAUGCUCUGGUGGAGCAAGGGUUUUCCACAUUCUUGGACGACAAUGAACUCAAGAAAGGAGAAGCGAUUAAGCCCGGAUUGAUGAAAUCGAUCGAGGAAUCAAGGAUCUCCAUCGUCGUAUUCUCGGAAAACUACGGGUUCUCAAGAUGGUGCCUCGAUGAGCUUGUGAAGAUCAUGGAGUGCAGGAGGAAUUUGGGACAGAUUGUUCUUCCUCUUUUUUAUCUAGUAGAUCCGGCCGAUCUGCGGUGGCAGAGGGGGAAAUACGCUGAAGCAUUUGCCAAGCACCAACCGCGUUACGGAGACGACCAGAUUCAGAGGUGGAGAGCUGCUUUGACUGAGGUUGCCGAUUUGUCGGGUUGGACCUUUCAAAAUGGCCGUUUGUCAGAUCUAAUUCGAAGCAUCAAUAAAGUGAUCACAAAGAUAUUAGAUCCUUCGUCUUUAAAUGUUGCGGAAUAUCCAGUUGGAAUAGAGCCCCGUGCUGCAAAAGUCGGGGAGGUGCUAAACUUGGCGCCAGAUGAUGUUCGAAUUGUUGCAAUCUGGGGGAUGGGCGGAAUAGGCAAGACUGCAAUUGCUAAAGCUGUAUAUAAUUUUAUGCAUCGUAAGUUUAAGAGCAGUUGCUUUCUUCUAAAUGUUGGAGCAACUUGGAACCAACUCAACGGCGAUGUUGAUUUACAAAAAUUGCUUCUUUCUGAUAUCCUACCCGAUGCAAAGCAAAGCAUAACAAAUUCUGCUCGUGGAAUUGAGGUAAUAAAACGCCGAGCAUGGUGUCAAAGGGUUCUUCUUGUCCUCGAUGACGUGGAUAACGUGGAACAAUUGAGUACAUUAGUCAUAAAUCGUGAUUUACUACAUUCUGGAAGUAGGGUCAUUAUAACUACUAGGAAUUUGUCUUCAAUAAGUUCACUUCAACUUCAAGAGAAUGAGGUGUAUACACCCGAGGAGUUGAAUAAGGAGGAGUCUCUUAAACUCUUCAGUUGGCAUGCUUUCAAGGAAGAAGGUCCUUCAGAAGACAGUAAGAUGCUCUCAGCGGGAGUGGUGGGUUAUGCUAAGGGGAUUCCUUUAGUUCUUAAAGUUUUAGGUUCCUUCUUUAGGGACUUAACCAAAUCUCAAUGGAUAAGUGGAUUGGAGGAGUUAGAGAAAAUUCCCCAUGAUGACGUCCAAUUGGUACUUAAGCUAAGCUAUGAUAAACUUAAUCCUCAACAGCGUGGCUUAUUCUUAGACAUUGCAUGUUUUUUUGUAAGAAUGAACAAAGAUUUGGCAAUCAAAAUUCUAGAAGGCCGUGGCUUCAACCCAAAUUCUAAUAUCGAAGUUCUAGUUCGUCGUGCUCUUUUACAAAUUGAUUCAGAUAAUCGGCUGAUGAUGCAUGAUCGAAUUCGGGAUAUGGGUAGAGAAAUUGUCCGCCAAGAAUCUGAUCAAGAGCCUGGAGAACGUACCAGAUUGUGGAAUCCGGAGGAGGUUCUUGAUGUACUGGAAAAUAACAGAGGAACAACAAGAGUUGAAGGCUUGGUCCUAAACUCGCCAAAAUCAGAUGUGCAACAAUUGGAUGCAAAUGCAUUUGCACGGAUGAACAGACUGAGACUGCUUCGUAUUAAUUAUGUUCGCCUAAAUGGGAGCGCAGAACAUCUAUCCGGAAGACUAGUGUGGCUGUGUUGGAACGGUUUCCCUUUGAAUCAUAUACCAUCGACCCUGCUUAUGGGUAACAUGGCUGCUAUUGACUUGAGCUAUAGCAGCCUCAAAGUUGUUUGGAAAGAAACUAAGGUUCUGAAUAAAUUGAAAUGCCUCAAUCUCAGUCAUUCCUAUUCCCUGACCAAAACCCCAGACUUCACUGGACUCACCAGUCUUGAAACAUUGUUGCUUAAUGAUUGCACAAAGUUGCGAGAUGUUCACCAUUCUAUUGGAUGUCUACAAAAUCUUGUUGUUUUGAACAUGAAGAAUUGUCAAAAUCUUCGCAAGCUUCCGGAAAGUGUAUUCACGUUGAAAUCUGUCAUCUAUCUUGAUCUCUCUGGCUGCUUGAAAUUAGCAGUGCCAACAUAUAGAUCAUGGUAUUCAAUCAUCCUGUCUUUGGUACCACCAGCAGGAAUUUUGGAUUUCAGUGGGAUGUUGCCGGCUUCUAUACAUGGAUUAAGUUCCAUUUCAAAACUAUAUCUGGAAAACUGCAAUGUAUGUUAUGUGCCCGGUGAAAUUGGUAGUUGUGUCUCCUUGCAAUUUUUGAAUCUCAGCAGAAAUAAUUUUGCUAACCUACCAGCAAGCAUUACCAACCUUUCUCAACUGAAGGUCCUCUAUCUAAACCAAUGUACUGAGCUUCAAAUUCUUCCAGGUCUUCCAAUAAAGUUAAAGGGAUUGAGUGCAAACUACUGCACAUCGUUGAAAAUGAUAUCAAUUGAAUCAAAAAUGGAUGAAGCCCCAUUCAUGACUUUUUAUGGUUGCCACAUACUAGCCGACAAUUUUGCAAACGAUUUUAAAAAAAAUCUACUCCAGUACCAGGGACGCCCAGAGCAAGGCGAUUUUAGUAUUUUUCUUCCUGGAAAUGAGGUUCCAAAUUGGUGCAACUACCAGUGUGUGGGAUCAUUUCUAUCUUUUCUUGUGCCUCCGCUGGUGGAUAGGAAGAUACAAGGGUGGAUUUUAUGUGUUGUCUUUGCUGGCCGUUGCGAUGACGAUGACGACAUGUUUGCUAUUUCUUAUGGUAUUUACAAUAAAACCAUGGGCACUAAGAUGUAUUACCAACCAACAGUUGAUGGCUAUCCUUUGAAGUGUGAAGAUCAGAUGUGGCUCAACUAUGUGCCGCACCGGUAUCUUGAAUCAGAGUGGAAGGAACUUGAAUCUCCACUGGGAGGUGGUGACAGAGUGGAGAUGACAAUAAGAAUAGACAAGCGGCGGCAGGUGAAGAAGUGUGGGGUUAGUCUCAUCUACGAGGGGAAUAAUGAGGACACCUUGCCUUCCAAUGAUCUACCGGAGGAGAUGGACUCUCUCACGAGGCUUGUAUCGGAUGAAUCAUUUCUUUAUGAGAUUGGAGUGUUAAAAUCCAAGAAGAGGGGCUCGCGUGUGAAGUUGGGCUUUCCAAUUGCGAAAGGCCCGAAGCAAUUUGAGCAAUGAGGACAACCACUUAAGUCUGUACAUAUAAUGUCAAGGCAUUAGAAGAGGUUAGCAAGCUAUGGAUAACUAUAAGGCAGCCAUGAAGUAAUUGGAAAUUUUAGUAAGCAGGUUUGAGCUCAUUAUUUAUUCUUUAAGGUUGUCUAAGCUUUAUUUGAAAAAUGGAUCUUAUUGAUGGGUUAUGUUAUGCGAACUUGAAUUUUAAUUUAUUUUUGAAACCAUAUAGAAAUGGAUUUGAGUGUUGGAUCAACAACUUAUGGUUUGAGUAAAUAAUUUUUUUUUGGUGAUUUCUAUGAAUUGUGAUUAGCUCGGGCACGCCCGUAAGUUGUUGAUGUGUGUUGUAAGAUACGAUGCAUUUUUUAUUCAUGUUUGAUAAUCUUGAAUGGUAGAUGAGCACAAGCUUUAGUGCA